AUGUACAAAUUACAGAUCCUCCUAAUACCUCCCAGUGCCCUCAAUUCGUUCCAUUCCACAAAUGAUCUAUCUCAAUUCAACUCCUUUAGAUCCCUCUCUCCAAAUGUCAUCUCUUCCAAUAAUGAAAACUCUUUGUUCAACAGUGGCAACUCCAUUCCAAAACAAAGCAUGAAUAUACCAAACAAUAACAAUAACAAUGCUCACUCCAGCAAUCCACAAUCUAUGGAAAAUCCUUACUACAGUAACAUUUCUCCAAAUAAUUCUUUAAAUUAUUCAAUCUCUUCAUACCAAACAAACCCGAACUUCUACUUGAAUAAGCCCAAGAUCAAGAAAUUCUUGCAUUUUACAAAACCAACAAACACAUUAUCAGACUUGUAUUUGGAAAUCAUUGCUAAAUUCAAUAAAUUAUACCCAAACUACGCUUCGGAUUUGGAAAUCGUCUCUUUGCAAGAUAUAAACAAUUGUGAUUUGGAUCCAGAUUUCCAAAUUAAAGAUAUUUUUAAUUUCAAUAAUAUCGUCAAAGUCAUUUUGAAAAAUGAUAUCCAAUUCGAUGAUAUCACUCCUUUCAAUUAUACAGCCGCAUCAAAGAGACAAAAAUUAAAUAAUGGUAAACCACAGCCUUUACCAAUGACCAAUUUAAAUACAAAUACACUCUCUACCACUACCUCUACAAACACAAUUGCAAACUCUUCUGGUGUCUUGCGGAUUGCUAAAAAGAGACCUUCAAAUUCAAUUACAAGAUUAACCCCUUCAAUCAAUGGCACAAUGAGAAUCUCCACACCAUUAGCUCAUCAAAUUUAUCCUCCCUCAAAUGCAAAUAAUUUAACAAAUAAUUCAGAUGAAGAAAUUGGUGAUGAAGAUGAAUUGGAAUUGGCUGAUAGAUCCAUCCUAUUACCCCCAAAUCAACCUCAAUCUCCUCCAAUUAGAAUUAGUUCGGGCAUUGAUAGUUCCAAAAAAAUUAAAUCAAGCAUUGAAGAUGACACUAUUUCAAGAGCAGGCAUUGUAGAUCCAGACAAAUCAAAACAAGAACGUUUAUUGUCGGGAACUCCAAUAAUAACUACAAUGACUCCAAAUAGAGUCACUUUAUCUGGUCCAAGAGUUGUUUCCGAACAUAAUACUUCAAAUAAUAUCACAAGUAAUAAUAUCACAAGUAAUAAUGUCACAAGUAAUAAUAUCACAAAUAAUAAAAACGGUUAUAUGGAAACUUCCAAAAGGAAAAGUAUAUUCAGUUACGAUAAUAAUAAUAAUAAUACAAACAAUUCAAUUAUUAUAAAUCCAAGGCCCACUCCUUCAAAAGAACAAACUGCAAAUUCAAGAGUCACUUCUGGUAUGUUAUCUGUUCCUGAACCAAAAAUUUCUGAAGUGGAAAAGGAAUUGAAUGAAGGUCCUUCAAGUCCCUCCUCUAUCUUACCUAAAAAGGCAAAUAGAAUUCCCAUGAAAAAACCAUUUAUUGAUUCCAAUGAUUCUUCUUUGAGUGAUUCUUCCAAUGAUUUAUUAGACUCUAUUAGUAACUCAAAUUCAAAUUCAAAUUCAAACUCAAACUCAUCAACAAAAUCUAAAAAAAAUAUUGCCCAACGUCAAAUUUCUAUUGCUGAUGAUACUGGUUCUCCAGUAAGAAAUAGUCCAUCAAAUAAAAAUGAUUCGAAUUUCCAUUUAGCUGAAUUACCAAAGUCAAAUAAUAAUAAUAAUAAUAAUAAUAAUAAUAAUAAUAAUAUUUCCAAAGAUUCACAAGGAUCCAUAUCAAAUAAUACUUCAAAUAUCUUACCAAAUUCUCCAGCUCCUCAAAGAAAAAUUUCAAUUGAAAAAAAAAUUCAAAAUAAAUCAUAUAAUGAAAACAUUCAAGGUUUAAACUUGGUUUCCAUUAGAAUUGAAAAAUUCUCGGAUGAUGAAGAUGAUGAUAUUCCAUUAGGUUCUGAAAAUAAAAUUGAAUUUAACGAUAUAUUAAAUGAUGCUAAAUUAGAGGCUCGAAAAUUAAUUCUAAGUCCAUCAUCCAAAAUUACUGAAAAGGAAAUGGCUAUAAAAAUUAAACAAAAUGAAAAAGUUGCUUUAAAGAAUAAAAAUGUAAGUUCCAUGACAAAGGAUAAAGAUGGUGAUAUUGAAAUGAAAGAUAUCUCUCCUAAGGAUACUUCUACUAAGGAUUCUUCCACUAAAGUUACACCUGCUAAAGUUAUACCUGCUAAAGUUAUACCUGCUAAAGAUAUUCAACUGAAGGAUAUUCUAUCUAAAGAAACUCAGAUUAGAGAUACCCGUGCGAAUGAUACUCAAGUUAAAAGUCUUUCUGAAAAGGUUGUUCAAGAUGACGUUAAAGACAAGAAUAUUAAAGAUUCAUAUCAAGACUUAGAUGAAAUCUCAAAGAAUACUGAGCAUGAUACAGAAGAAGAAGAAAAGGAAGAUGAUGAAGAUGAAGAUGAUGCAAAUGAUACAGUGCAUAUAAAUCAAUCAUUAUUUGAAAAAAAAUCAAUGCCUCUUUCCUCAAAUACAAGUUUCCAAAAGGAAGAUCUAUUAAAAUUAGUUGAUGGAGAUUCUAUUAAUGUAAAAUCACUAACAAAAAAUGAUCAACAUAAAAAGCAUAAAAGGCCUUAUACUACUGUUUUAAACUCGGGAAUUGAUAAUUCAAAGCCUGAUCCAAGAAAUAUUCUACCAGAACGUACUGUAAGAAAUGCCGCAAAACGUGCUGCUCAAUUGCUUUCAAAAAAUACUAUUUCACGAUCUAAUAUAAGCAUCUCAGAUUCCACAUCUGAAGAAGAUGACGAUGAUGAUAACACUGAGGAUGAUAGAAAUGAUGAUGAUGACGAUAACGAUGAUUCAGAUUCUAGUAGUGGUGUAGAGACUGCAGACUCUUCAGAUGAAGAAGUAAUAACUGUGAAUGGUAAAUUAUCUCAGAAAGUCUUAAAGGUCCAUCCUUUAAAAGAAGCUGUUGUCACAAAGAAAAAUUCAAUUUCAGAAGAGAAUAAAUCUUCAACAACAAAUUCAAAAUUAAUGACAAAGGAACCCAUUAAACCAGCUUUGAAUAACCGUAAGAGAUAUCUUUCACCAGCAUUAAUAACAUCUGAUGACUCUUCAAGUGAAGAAUCUUCAAGUGAAGAAUCUUCUGAAGAAGAUACAAGUGUCAGGAAAAUUGAAUUAAAGCCAAUGGUAAAAAGUAACACAAAGGGUCGCUCGCCAACUAUUGACAACAAGAAAGUUAACACUACUGAGGUUAAAAAAUCUGUUCCUGAAGCAAACCCUCCUUCAUCUAAGGCUCAAACUAAAAAUGACGUAUCUAAAGUUCCAGUUAAAAAAGCAACAUCAAAAAAUGUCACUAAACCUACCCCUUCAAAACCUGCGGCAAAGCCUGUAGUAUCAAAAUCUGACACUAAAUCGGUACCUUCAAAACCUGAGUCAAAACCUGAGUCAAAACCUGAGCCAAAAUCGGUAGCAUCAAAAAAUGUCACUAAGCCUCUACUUUCAAAGCCAGAGGCAAAAGCCGAGGCAAAACCUGUAACAUCAAAAUCUGUGCCUGUGUCUGUACCAGUGACUCCAGUAACUAAACCUACUUCAUCUAAACCUACUCUAUCUAAAUCUACUUCAUCUAAAAAUGAAACGAAAACUGUAGAAAUUAAAAAAACAAUUCAACCUACUAAAAUAGAAGGAAAGCCAUAUUUGAGACUUGGCAGUUCAGAAAAAUUGAAGGAUUUAAAGGCUAAAUUUACUAGUGCUUCAAAUGCAUCUACUAAAAAAAUUGUAGCAGAAAGAAUUCAAAAAUCAACGAGUGAUUCGGAAUCUAAUGAUUCUGACGACUCCGGUGACUCUGACGAAUCCGAUGAUUCUGAUGAUUCUGAUGAAACUACUUCCGAUGAAGAUGAUUCAGACGACUCUGAAGCUGACGAUAGUGAUAGAUCAAUUAAAUUAAGAAGAGUUGUGGAUACUCCGAAGGGUAACUUCCCAGUUCCAUCUAAGAAAUCAAGUUCAAGUAGUUUCGAUAAAAUUGAACAUGUGCCACAGUCCACUCAACGCAUAGCAGCAAAUACUUCAAAAGAAACUAUGACUGCUAAAACACCAAAUUCAUCAGCUUUGAAUAAAAAGACUAAUGAAAAUAAAAAUGUUAAACCAUUAACUACCAAUGGUUUACCAAGAAAAAUGCUUCCGUCAUUAAGUUCGCUUUCUGAUUUAGCUUCAAGAGGUGUUCCAGAAGUUCGUGAAAAGAGUAAAUCUAGUCAGCAAAUGUUAAAGCCAGUUUCAUCUAAAAUUGAAGAUUCAUCAGAAGAUUCAUCAGAUUCUAGUGAUGACGAUGAUGAUGAUAGUACUGAUGAUAAUAAAUCUAAUGAUGAUUCUGAUGAUACUGAUAGUGGAUCAGAUGAUGACAGUAGUGAUGAUGACUCCUCAGAUGAUGAAAGUUCUAGAAAUUUCAUUAGCGCUAAAACAGCUAAUGCUGCCCUUGGUAAGAAAAGGAAACCUUCCGGUGGAUUUGCGUCUUUGAUAAAAGAUUCCAAAAAAAAAUAA